AUGGAUGGGUACGGAAAUUUAUGGCGUUGCGGAUACGUUUGGUUAGCCAUCGCUGCUGUGCAUAACAGCUUCUGCCACUCUCAGUUGACCUCGUGUGUGCCCUACAGACGGCGGUCUCCCAUUUGUACACUAGAUUCAAUAAACUGGCUUAGAUCCAGAGAUCUCUAUGGAUGGGCGUGGACAGCCGAGUUUUGCUGGGAUGGUGUGGCGACAACGUCGCGGACAAAUACAUUCUGUAUCCGUGUGCUUUCAGUGUGUUCAUACGCGUUGACAUUAUCGUCACGACUUUGUCGUAGCUUCCCCACAAAGAAUACACUGACCAUAGUUCUAGGGGUUAUAUGGGUGCAGGUAUUUUUUGCAAACUUCGAAUUUAUGAAGCCCCUAAAUGCUCACUUCGUUGAAAGCCUCAAUGUGUACCCUGCGCCCCUCAAUAAAGAUGCGUCUACAGGAAAACUCCUGAGGACGGCCAUAGUAAAAAGUACAUUAGCAGUACAUACCGUAAUUGCUGCCUCCUAUUCCCCGGAUACUGGAAUGAUCAGCAGAGACAUGAGGGCAGAUUGGGGCUGUACAACCGUUCACCUGAGGUUGCCAUGGCACAUACACCCCCGCCCUGAGCUUCCUGUGGCCCUGCGGGAAUUAUCAAGACUUGAGCUCUCGGCAGCUGCCACAAGGCUCGGUGGGGCCCUAGCUAGAGCUCAGCAGUCCCCUGUGAGGGCCCCCGUCGAUGCCAUGCAGCAGUGGGUACCAUGGCGUUUACGAGGCCCCUCAGGGCACGCAGCGGCCUUGUCAGCACAUCCUAUUCUUGCACGGUUGCCCUGGAAUCUGCGCUUGCAUGGGGGAAUGCGAUCUAUGGUCUUUCCCUGUGUAGGAAGAUGGGAGCUGCGUGCUGAUGCUCCUCAGCGCGCCUUGGAGGGCCCCAAGAGGGGCCCAUCAGUACGUAACUUAGCAAAUCACAGCUUCCAUCAGUGUGACGCUCUGCUUUCCACUUUCACAUCGUCUGUAAGUGAGAGGGGACCCCUAUUUCAGUCGGUUGUUGCCUUUGGGGGCCCGCAACGAGCCCUGCCAGCGUUUUCCCGGUGCUUAUUUGUAGAGGCCAAUGAAGGGAACUCCAGAGCCUUUUCCCAUGAAACCAAGCAGCAGCAUCAGAGCUCUGGUGGGGGCCUGUCUAGUGAUAGAAGGCCUCUCCACCCCCCGUCAAAUUCUUCAUCGGGAGCGUCAUCAGGAGCAACGGAGGGGUCGUCCUCUACUGUGGAGGGCUUGCAGACUGGGACUUCAGGGCCCCAGGAGGGCCCACGUGUGACACUUUGGGACCUUUUGACGUUUAUAAAGGGCGAGAAGUUUCGUAUCGGUGGCAUUAUUUGUGCGCUGCUGCUCAGCAGCGGGGCACAACUCCUCUUACCGUUGGCCGUAGGGCAGCUUGUCGACGCAGUUACGCAGGCACCACCGGUGCAGCUUCAAGAAGACCAGCAGCAUCAGGAAGCUCAGAAACGAGAUAGCGUGGAUCCACACGUGCUGCCGUGCACUGACGAUGAAGUAUCGCGCCCACGCACCGAGGGCAGCUCGACAGCAACAGUCGACGGCACAAGUGCGACCAUGGCAGCGGCAAGAGAGCUGGAAAGCGGUGUAAACGCGUGUCUAGAAACGACAGACACAGCAGCAUCUGAGUCCAGGUGGGUGGCGCUCCGAAAGGGCCUGCAGGAGGGCUUUAAGACCCCUUGGGCCCGGUUGGGCUUCUGCUUGUCUUUGGGUGCCAUCGGAGCUGCCACCUCCUUCAUGCGCCUCUACCUUUUGGAGUCUACGAUAGAGCGUCUGGCAUGUCCGCUGAGGUCAGGCUUGUUCCGGCGGCUCCUGCAACACCCCACAGAGAACUUUCAGCAACAGCCGCUGGGGGCCCUCGCGAAGUAUAUGUCACAGGACGUGGUGACGGCCAGUAGGGUCUUGGUCGAUGUCUCCUUUGGCCUUCGUUGCGCCCUGACUUCUGUCAUUGGAAUCGGUCUCUGCUGGAUGUCCGCGCCCUUCACCUUCUUGAUGUCUCUACUGCUGCCCAUAGCUGCUGCAGCCGCUUUACUGCGGCUGUCAGCCAGGCGUGUAGCGGCACUGCAGCAGCAGCACAGUCGGGCACUGCAGGUGGCUCUCCAGCGGGCCACGGGGGCCCUGAGCUCGAGAAAACAGCUCAGGAGCCUCAACGGGGAGGCCCUGGAGAUCAAGGCUUUCGAUGCUGCGCUCCGGGAUGUCUUUGCUGCAGCGCAAAAGAGCGCUGUUGCUGUUGCGUGGCGUUACGCCUUUGUAUUUGCUGCGGGCUCCGGUCUCCUCGUACAUCUUGUGUAUGCCGCAUCUUCCCUUGUGGCUCAAGGCGUUUUAACUGGAGGCCAAGUUAUGUCACUCGCCCUGUACUCGGCAAUCGUGGGGUCCUCCCUCCAGGGUUGCGCGACUGCCUGGAGUGAUACCUCCCGUGCAGUUGCUGCAACGAACGAAAUGCUAGAACUCCUACUUCGGGGCAAGCCCAGUCCUCUUGGCUCCUCCCUGAACUACCAGAAGGAGUUGGAUCGCUUCCAGAAGGCUCUGCAGCAGCAGCACCAUUCCACAUCUGCUGAGGCUGCAGCGAAGCACAGUGGGUUUUCUCUUAAGUUUAAAGAUGUAUGGCUCUCAUAUCCAGGAAGGAAUGGCCAGUGGGCUUUAAAGGGCCUAAGCUUCUGUAUUCCCCCAGGAGCCGCCGUUGCGAUUGUCGGUCCCAGCGGGAGUGGAAAGAGUUCAGUGGGGGCACUUCUUUUGCGCCUUUAUGAACCUCAGAAAGGCAGCAUCCUUUUAGGGAACGUCCCAAUAAAUGCAUUUGAUGAGCGUUUUAUUCGAUCACUUGUCAUACCUGUAGUACAGGAUUCGCUCUUGGUAUCGGGUGGCUUACUAGAGUCGCAUAUCCGCUAUGGCCAGCUGGCACACCAGGAAAUAUGUGGGGCGGCAAGCCCUCUACUGCCCCUCACCUUGGCCUGCGACGCCGCUUGUGUCUCCCCCUUUGCUGCUACGUUACCAAUGGGGCUCAAGACCCCACUGGAUGAACGCGGCACUGUCCUCUCGGGGGGACAGCGACAGCGCGUCUGCCUCGCGAUGGCCCUCUAUCGGCUACAGCAUGCUCAACAAGCCCCUACAGAGAGUCCGGUUACAGGAUGUGACACUGAAAGUGGAGGCUAUAAGGUGCCAAGGGUGGUACUGUUGGAUGAGGCCACAUCAUCUUUAGACUCUGACACGGAGCGCCAGAAUCUGCGUGGAGAGACAUGCCUCUUCGUGUCUCACCGACCUGGAACGCUUGAAGUUGCUGAUCAUAUUAUGGUGUUGGACGCCGGAAGAAUAAUUCAGUUUGGCGCAAAAGAAGACGUUCUGAAACGCCCUUGCGCACCCUUGCAGUGGCUCGUCUCCGGUGCGACCCCGAGUGGGCGAGGCUUACGCCCUUGA